UUGUUUUCAGUCAGAAAUGUUAACGUGCUGCAACAGGUUACUGUCCCUGUCAUUGACGUGCAACUGUGCAACAGUUCAGAGUAUUAUCAUGGAAAUAUCGAUACUAGCAUGCUCUGUGCUGGAUAUACGGAAGGAGGAAAGGAUGCUUGUCAGGGUGAUAGUGGAGGGCCGUUGAUUUGUCUAAAUGAAGGACGCUUGUGGGAACUUCAUGGUAUCGUCAGCUGGGGUUAUGGUUGCGCCUUGCCGUUCCGACCAGGGGUUUAUACUCGAGUCGCGAAGUACAUAUCGUGGAUUUCAGAAAACAUGAAUUUAACUGCAAGCAAAUUAAUAUGAAG